AUGGGGGACGAUCUCAAGUACGCCGCUCCUGCAAGCCAAAAUGACUUUGAGAUUGCGAUAAUAUGCGCGCUACCCAAGGAAAAAGCAGCUGUUUUGCUACUCCUCGACGAUCUUUGGGACGGCAGGGGCAACCGGCAUCGAUAUGCCAGGGCCCCAGGGGACUACAACACCUACAAACAUGGGCGGAUCGGGAGGUUCAAUGUGGUCAUCGUCCUUCUUGACACCAUGGGCAAAGUCCCAGCUGCCGGUGCAGCUGUUAACAUCCGAAGAAGCUACCCCAAUCUUUCCCUGGCCCUCAUCAUCGGUAUCUGCGCCGGGGUGCCUCUCGCUAAGGGUCGGGAAGUCAUCCUCGGUGACGUCGUUAUCAGCAACGUCCUGAUUCACCGCGACUUUGGAAGGCAGUACCCCAAUCGCUUCGAAGCUAAGGCCGAAGUCGAGGACGGUUAUGGCCGGCCAAAUAGGAAUAUUCGAAGCUUGCUUAAGUCGCUGGAGGAAGAUAACCGUCCUGAAGUCGAAGAACAAGCUGCCGAGUACCUGCGACAUCUUCAGGAAAAACAUGACAAAGACCCAAAGCGGGAAUCGGAGUUGGGAAAAUACAAAUAUCCCGGAGCAGACAAGGACAAACUUUUUGAAGACUCCUACGAACAUAAACACCACGACCCUACCUUGAAUUGCGGCCGUUGCACACAAGGUUCCAUCUGCGAGGAAUCCCGGGAAAUUGAGUGUGAUGAACUCGGAGUCAUUGGCAUAGAGAUGGAGGGUGCGGGUGUGUGGGACGAGCUGCCUUGCAUUGUGAUCAAAGGCGUGUGUGACUACGCCGACAGUCACAAAGGCAAAGGGUGGCAGUAUUAUGCCGCGGCUACUGCUGCAUCGGUUGCGAAGGCUGUU